AUGUCUCCCGAACUUCUCGAGCAAACCUCCCAAUCUUCGUUGAAGCAAUACCAAAUUGAGCUGAUUGACAAAGCCAUGUCAUGUGGAGCACUGAAAUUUGGUUCUUUCACUUUGAAAUCUGGACGCAUCUCUCCAUACUUCUUCAACGCCGGUCUGCUCAGCACAGGACCAAUUCUUGCCGUUCUAUCUGAAGCCUUCGCCGCUACCAUCGUCGCUGCCCAACAACCCACAUCCUCAGGAAAUACACCCAUACCACCAUUCGACGUCCUUUUCGGACCAGCAUACAAAGGCAUCGCGUUUGCUGCUACUACCGCUCUCAUCCUCCAUACACAUCACAGCAACUCCCAAAACUCCAUAUCAACCUCUCCCGAUGCCGGGAUCGGCUUCACCUACAACCGCAAAGAAAUAAAAGCACACGGCGAAGGCGGGUCUCUCGUCGGAUCCUCCGUAUCUGGCAAAAAAGUUGUUAUCCUAGACGACGUGAUGACUGCAGGCACAGCAGUGCGAGAGGCGAUCGAUAUCGUUAAAAAGGAAGGAGGUGAGGUUGUUGGUGUUAUUCAGCUUUUGGAUCGAGAAGAGGUUGGGCAAGAUGGAGUAAGUAGCACGGUUGAUGAGGUGGAAGGAAUUAUUGGGAAAGGCAGAGUUCGGUCGAUUUUGAGGAUGCGCGACCUCAUUGCAUGGUUAGAGAGCAAGGGAAUGGGAAAGGAGUUGGAGGAUAUGAAUGAGUAUAGAAAUAAGUAUGGCUUAAAGAUCUAA